GUAGCGGGUCAGCAAGUAGUGCAGUGUUUCUCUAAUUGAACUUCGCAAAAGCAAUCAACAAGAACUCGUUAGCAGUUGCUUGCUGUUUUUUGGGGGGGAGGUUUAGCCUCCUUUAGACUGCUUAUUUUCGUGCAUUCAGUGGCCCCCUGGCCAGUACAGUUACACAUGGUAAAGUUCUUCAUGGAGCAGCUCAGAGAACACUGGAUCCGCAUAAGAGGAAUAAAGUUCGGGUGCCUGUGACGCCUUGAAGCAUGGUGCUUUUGGAGAACUAUUUCAGAGUGAGGAAGAACACCGAUUCUGCUUAAAGAAAGGGACAGAAAGUGCUUUUAUAUGCAUAAGGUGUCGCGGUCGUCUGCACGAACAUUUGUGUGAACUUGGUGACUUCUGUUUGAAAUAGUUUCUUGGGACUGAGAUGACCUCCAGUACUAAAGACAUGAAGGCGGGUUCCGUUUUACAGUCCAGCGGCGAGGAGAGGCGGCGCGGUCCCUUGGACCAACUCCCACCUCCAGCAAACUCCAACAAGCCUCUCACCCCGUUCAGCAUUGAGGAUAUUUUAAAUAAACCCUCCGUGAAGAAGUCGGUCGGUACUCUGUGCGCUCCGCGGGUGCUGGAGAAAGUGACCGGCUCGAGUGCGACUCGGAACGGGAUAAGCGCUCCCUCCUCUCCAUUAUGCGCUCUGGAGGAGCUGGCAAGCAAAACAUUUAAAGGUCUGGAAGUCAGCGUUAUACAAGCUGCAGAAGGUCGCGAACAUCUCAACGCCUUCGGCCAAAGACAAGCCUCCAAAAAACGACGAAAGUCCCGCACAGCAUUCACAAACCACCAGAUUUACGAGCUGGAAAAGCGCUUUUUGUACCAGAAAUACCUGUCACCGGCCGACAGAGACCAGAUCGCACAGCAGCUGGGUCUGACCAACGCGCAGGUCAUCACCUGGUUCCAGAACCGACGGGCCAAGCUCAAGAGAGACCUGGAGGAGAUGAAAGCGGACGUGGAGUCUCUCAAGAAAAUCCCACCACAGACACUGCAGAAACUGGUGACCAUGGAGGACAUGGAAGACCCCCAUGGUGGCUCUGGGCCCAUUUCUCCCAGUCUUUCCCCAAGAGCCUUUCCACAGUCCCCGUCCUCAUCCAGAGGCCAAACCACAGACGAGUUCUCAGAGGAGGACGAGGAAAUUGAGGUGGACGAUUAAAAAAACAAACAAACAACAACAACAACAACAACAACAACAAAAAAAAAAAAAAAAAAAAAAAAGAAACAGGCCCUUGUUUUCAGAGAAGGGUAUUUUUCACAACUUUUGCACGGACUUUUGCGCGGAAGAACUUAAAAUGCAAGGAAUGUUUUCUGUCUCCCUUAUUUUUAAUUUAUUGAAUGGAUUGUAAAACCUCCGCAUUCUGAUGUCCACAUUGAAGACAUGGUUUAAGGAACACGUUGAUAGAUAAAUGGUACAGUAUCCAGACAGCGACAUGUGUAUGUACAAUGAUUUAUUUGGCCACCUGAUUUUCGAAGGACACGUGUGCAAUCGUUUACACCGUUCAACACACUUUUAUGACCGCUGUAAAACUAUAUGCCAAAAGCGAUUUUCAAUUAAAAUUUCAGUUUUAUAUAAUUCCAGAACACAAAGCCCUCAGAGAGCGAAUUAUAUGAUUCUUGGUUCUGCUAAUUGUGAAGACAUUUUCCAUAUUUUUAUGUUAAAUAUCCCAGUUCCUGGCACAAUCCCUAUGAUUGCAGGCAUUAUUAACAAAUUAUAAAAAACGAGCGUGUAUGUCCAAAACAAUGCAAGGGCAAGGUUGUGUAUAUAUAUAACAAGUUACGAUGCAUCUAACUCGUUAAAUUUAUUGUAACAUUCUAUUUAAUCCUCAUUUAUGUAA